AUGGCUCAAACCUCAACGAGUAAAUAUGCCGAGGGGACUUCGCAGCCCAAUGUUGCACCCCCGAAACUUUUCGAGCGUCUGAAAUCAAAGUUCUUCAAAAGGUGCUCGAAGUGGGAAUACAAAAAGCUCGACGACAUGGAAUCGAGUCAGAAGAAGAUUCGCACCGCGGCAUCUGGAACAGAAACUAGACAGGCCGAAGAAAACAAGACGAACAAGCUCAACUCAGAUAAAAAUACCAAUUUCGAACUCAAGGCGGCAAAGGAGCGAGUGCAGAGAUUGAAAGCCAAACGAAGCAUACCAAACACAGAAUCGCACUCAGAUCAAACGAAAGAGGAGGAGCUGAAGCAGGCUAAAGAGAAAGUUGAGCAGAUAAAAAAGAUGAAGAAGACAAAGAAACAGGAGGAAAAGGAAAUCAAGAGAUCGAAGAGAGCCGAGAGAGGCGCAACUAGUUCGCCAACUUAUGGAAGUUACAAUGAUUACGGCAAUACGGCGCUUACAAUGAGUCUCCUGGGUAUGACAAUGACGUCCAACUUCAGCGGAGGCUGCGACUACGGUGGUGGAGGUUGUGACUACGGUGGUGGUAAUUGUGGUGGAGGUGGUUGCGACUGA